UGUAUUUCCCUCUGGAGGUGUCUCAGCGUCGGCGCUCCCGACUGGGGAUUGGAGCGGCGGCUUGUCAGUAAAUUAGGCCACCCUUCACACUGCGUGUAUGAGGGAAACCGAGCCAGACAGUGACGGAUCUGAUCUUCCCACUUAUCAGCUGCCUGUCACACCGGCACGCCACAAUAACAACCCGUCGCCAUCCGCCGCGCUGUGACACCUGGCCGGGAUGGAGGGAGAGAUGCAGCCCGCAGACGAAGGGCCCUGCGCCCCGAAGAUGUGCCGACAACAACGGAGUCCGUACAGCACCCUCAAAACCUUCCAGAGCAAGCGCUCGGCGGGCAAGUCGCGCUUUGACAGGUCUGCUGUUGUCGACGUGCCUCUGUUUGGCGACGGACAUCAUUUCACUUUUCAGCCCGAGCAGCCUCAUCCUUUCCAGCCACACCAUCACCACCAGCGUCUGCAGCAGCUCCACCAAAGCAGCGUCGCUAUCAGCAGCAGUCAGCAGCAUCACCCCACGCCUCAACAGCAGCAUCGUUUCCCAUGUGAGAGCAGGCCCAGCAGCACAGGGGCGCCGGCAGCAUCGCUCGGUGCCCAGCAGCGAAGCGGCAGCAGCGGCGGAGCGGAGCCCAGGUUCUCUCCAGACUGCACCUACGGCAUCAGCUCAGAGAACCGUCUCAUUUUGGACGCCUUUGCCCAGCAGUGCAGUCGAGUGCUCAGCCUCCUCAAUAAUGGCCGUCUCCUGGAGCCUUCCUCCUCCUCCUUCACCUCUAACAUUAAGGUGGAAGAUGGGCCAGGGGAUGCUCAGGGGCUUCACUGCUCCUCACUGGGGAAGUCCAAACAUGAAGAGAGCUCUUCCACCACAGACCCAGAGGAGGCCCAACAAAGCCAUCUAAACCAACAACAGACCUCUGCUGUUCUCCGCAUCUUCACAGACUCCCUGCAGAACUAUCUCCUCUCAGGGCCCCAGCAACAGCACCUGGGUGCAGGUGUGGAGGACGAGCAGUGUACAACAGCGGAGACCGGUUCAGGGGUGUCUCCUCCAAGACACAACCUGGGAGGCUGGGGCUCGCCGACUCCGUCCGAGUCAUAUGGCCACCCGUCGUCCACGCUGCCUGAGGAGGAAGAGGAGGAGGAGAGCUGCUGUCCACGUUGCCUGGAGCUGGAGCAGGAGGUGCUGUCUCUCCAGCAGGAGAACGAGGAGCUCCGGAACAAGCUUGAGAACAUCCCAGUUCCCUGCCAAAAUGUUCUUGACUACUUCAAGACUGUUCUUGAGUUUCACAACCAGCUGGUUCAGCCGAUGCCGGAGGAGCAGCUUACCGAGGAAGAAGAACGACAAACAGUCUUUGAGGGCAGUAAACAGCUGCUGGAGAACUAUCCCCUCUUUAUCACUAAUAAACAGUGGGAUGAGGCUGUCAACUCAUCUAAGAAAGACGGCAGACGACUGCUGCGCUACCUGAUCCGCUACGUCUUCACCACAGACGAGCUCAAAUUCUCCUGUGGUUUGGGCAAAAGGAAGCGUUCAGUCCACUCAGGAGAGCCGGGCCUGGAGAGACGCCCGCUCAACCCCGUCAAAGUCAGCUGCCUCAGAGAGUUCAUCCGGAUGCACUGUGCCUCAAACCCCGACUGGUGGAUGCCCUCAGAGGAGCAGAUCAACAAAGUGUUCAGCGACGCCGUGGGUCACGCUCGUCAGGGCCGCGCGGUCGGCACGUUCAUGGGCAGGGCGCAGCAGCCCCGCCCAGCCUCUAUAUGGACGGCUUCGAAGGACAUCUGUCGCAGGAUGAACUGUAUUUAA